GAUUCCGCGGGAUGGAUUGGUGUACAAAUAUUCAUAUGGUACUGGGGAAACUUAGGAUACGGUAUGCUGGAAGAUGGCAAACCGUAUAUCAUUGAAAAAGUAGCUGUAAUUCCUCAAGAAGGCAAAAUCGCUCGGAUCUAUGGAAUCGAACGGUGUAGAGAAAUUGAUAUUUUACCGGACAAACCUGAGAGUAUCGGUAGCUUGAAGAUGAGGAUCUGCAGAAUCGAAUGGUGUGGAGAAGUGUACACGUUGCUGGGCAAACCUGAGAGUACGGGUAGCUUGAAGAUGGUAACCCCUACUGUGCUGUAG